CUAGCGUUGUCUGGCUAGUGUUGGCCGGAUGCCACUAGCGCCAUUCUGCCACCCGCCCAGAUUUCCCGAUUUCCCCCGUGAUUUUCCCUACGACUACGAGUUUGCGAAAUGGCAGCUACAGAGCUUGGAAUGGGCAAAAGUAUCGCCGUCUUGGCGGUAGUCGUCGGGUGUUUCACCAUUCUGUGGCCAAAAAUAUUCUACCCGAUGAUGCAAGCUGCGUUUUCCAUGACAUCUCCCGAUUACGGACCCGACGACGACAGUUAUCGCGGUCCUCAUCCUGCACAUAUAAUGCCGGGACAAAUGCACAUGAAGGAGGGGAUGGGCCAGGAGAGACCCAACGAAAAGUCACGGGUGCGCGAAGGCCGCCCUUUUCCUCAUCCGUCAGUCCGGCAGCCACCAAAGCAGGCUCCAAAGACUGGUGGCGCAAUGAAUUUUAUCAUGCCACUUUACACCAUUGGAAUUGUACUCUUCUUCCUCUACACCGUACUAAAGUUGGUCUGUAAAAAGAAGCCAGAGGACGAAGCCGCACCGCAGGCGCCCGACUACCACUACGAGAAACAUGCACCACAAGACAACUAUAUCUAUAACACCAACCGAGACCUGGGCAGGGUGGUGGAACCAAAGAAACGGAAAACCCGGUCGUUGGGAACAAAGCAACUUCUUGAAGAAAUUGGCAGGUGCCGGGAGGGCAUCACCAAAGGAGUAGACGAACGUGAUCUUGAGAUUAGUAGGCUUAGACGUCGUUUGGAAGAGACAGAAUAUUUGAUGGAGCAGAUCAUGCGGCAUAUGAAAGAACAAUCACCCGCUUUUCAGGACGGAGAACUUUUCUCGGUGUCAAAUGAUGCAAAGAUGCAAGGUGCAAGUUCGAGCAAAAAAGACGGAAAAUUGCGUCGACGAAAGCAUGUCGGAGUCCAUAAGUCGAGGAACACCAGUCAGGAAGAGAACAACUACAAUGUCGCCCUGGAGGAAGGUUUGUCCCCGUCACAACUUCGCCCGAGCUUCACCUCCAGGAUGGACCGCAUCGAAGAAACAAAAUGGGAAGGAUGCGCGGAAGAAACAGACGACAGUGCGUGCUCUGAUGAAGACGCGGAUGAAAGGGGCUCCGUGGAGGAUGAUAGGGAAUCGCAGGUCGAGGGUACUUCAUCUGACGAGGACAGGUGUCACAAGGACUCCUAAUAUGCAAGAAGGACGUUAUUAAAUGGCAUCCUAGAAUGCGACAUUCCUUUGGAAUGUCUGCUCAUAAGCCUAGGCACGAGCCGUGCGCUCUGUGCAGAUGGUUGCGAAGAAGAUUUUUUUGUGUCGUACUUUAAGUUCUUGCUCCAGUAGAUUCUCGUGAAGCGGAACUCAUUGAGUCUAGUAGAAUACGUUCUGUUUAUGA